UGGUAUAAUUCUGUAGCUGACAGGCUGGUUUCUGUGUGUUGUUGCAUGACCACAGCUGACAUGGACACCAUGGAUCGAGGAUUCUUCCGGAAGGUGGACGUUCCGGACCAGGCCCACUACAUCGUGGCCUUUUUCGUUCUGGUGAUCGGGGCGCUGGGCGUCGGUGGCAACGUCCUGGUCAUGUACGCCUUCUUCUGUGACAAGAAGCUACGGACACCGCCCAACUACUUCAUCAUGAACCUGGCUGUAAGCGACUUCCUCAUGGCCAUCACGCAGUCACCCAUCUUCUUCGUCAACUGUCUGUACAAAGAAUGGGCGUUCGGGGAGACAGGCUGUAAGAUGUACGCCUUCUGUGGGGCCUUGUUUGGGAUAACAUCCAUGAUCAACCUGCUAGCCAUCUCCAUCGACCGCUACAUCGUCAUCACCAAGCCCUUGCAGGCCAUUCGCUGGACGUCCAGGCGGCGAACCCUCCUCAUCAUCCUGCUGGUGUGGCUCUACUCUCUGGCCUGGAGCCUGGCGCCUCUGCUGGGCUGGAGUUCCUACAUCCCUGAGGGCCUGAUGACAUCAUGCACGUGGGACUAUGUGACCUCCACGCCAGCCAAUAAGAGCUACACACUCAUGCUGUGCUGUUUCGUCUUCUUCCUGCCCCUGGGAGUCAUCCUCUACUGCUACCUCUGCAUGUUCCUGGCUAUCCGCAACGCCAGCAGGGAUAUGGAGAAGCUGGGCUCCCACGUGAGGAAGUCCACCCUGAUCCAGCAGCAGUCCAUCAAGACGGAGUGGAAACUGGCCAAGAUAGCGUCCGUGGUCAUCAUCGUCUACGUCCUGUCCUGGUCCCCAUACGCCUGCGUCACCCUCAUCGCCUGGGCCGGAUAUGCCAGCGUCCUCAGUCCCUAUUCCAAGGCUGUUCCGGCUGUCAUAGCCAAAGCGUCAGCUAUCUACAACCCCUUCAUUUACGCCAUCAUCCACACCAACUACAGAGAUACCCUGUCUGAGAGAGUCCCCUGCCUGCACUGCCUGGCCCUACCCCCCAGGAAAGACUGCAUCUCCGUGUCCAACAGCGAGUCGUCCUUCAGGGACUCCAUGCUCAGCAGACAGUCCUCCAGCUCCAAGACCAAGUUCCACCGCGUCUCCUCCAUGUCCACAGGGGACAAGCAGGUGUGGAGCGACGUGGAGCUGGACCCCCUGGGCAAGCAGGGCCAGGUGCUGAGGACCAGCCACUCCUCGGGGGGUCUGAGGGAGAAUGACAAGCGACAGGCCAUCCUGCAGACCAGGACCAGGCCCGGCCACUACCAGGAGGUACGGCUCCCAUCCCAGAGAGAGGGUUGCUGAGCAGCUGCGACCCUGACCUGGCAUCGGACUCAGUCAACAUGGCCGCCCUGCCUCUCCUUGUGACCGGGGACGCGACCGCCCUGAGGUGGCAGGAGGAGGUGAAGGAGG